GCAGAACUGCUUAUGAAAAUUCGGCUUCGGCAUAUUUGCAAGAAAUAAAAGAAAUCAUUCAUAAUGUUGAUCAAAGUGAAGACAUUGACAGGAAAGGAGAUUGAAAUUGACAUCGAACCUACAGACAAAGUGGAGAGAAUCAAAGAGAGAGUGGAAGAAAAAGAGGGGAUUCCCCCACCACAACAGAGAUUGAUUUUCAGCGGUAAACAAAUGAAUGAUGAAAAAACUGCACAAGACUACAAAGUGACAGGAGGUUCAGUCCUACAUUUAGUGCUGGCUUUAAGAGGAGGACAAUGAUAAUCAGAUUAAAAAAAUCAUUUAAAAAAAAAAAAGAACAAAAAUCUUACCUUUGAUUACUCAUUUGACAAUUAAACAUAAGCUUAUAUUCAAAAUAGACAUGACAAAUUUCAGAUAAAAAUAAACUUCUGGGGAUAGUUUUAGGCCUGUCAAAACUUAUUUUCAAGACAAAACAAAGGAAGAUGAACUUUAACUGGGAAUUAAGAUGGUUUUUUGCUUUACUAUACAUGUAUUUGCUAAUGCCUGUGUAAGAUAUAUUGCGACAACUACACUUGAAUAUAGAUGAAAAGUGUGUGAAAGAGAUGAGUGCAUGUAGCUAAAUGAUAUGUGUUAUGUUGAAUAAACUUUUUCUCUUA